GUUUCCUCCUGCUAUAAUUGGGCGACACCUCCCGGCCAGACCCAUAUUCGCCUCUCACCGCGUUCCUCCUCUCUCUCUCGGUCUCGCACCGCGUCCCAUCUCCCUCCUCUCGCGUCAGCUCCACCAGCAAAAGCUUCCACAUAAAAGACCAGCAAGAAACUUUGAUCUGUUCGGUGCCGGUCAAACCUCAACAACCAAGUUUCAUGUCUGAUCUCGACGUCACACUUCCAUCUGCCUUCGAUCCGUUUGCCGAGGCAAAUGCUGAGGAUGCUGGUGCAGGCCCUGGAGCAAAAGAUUAUGUGCAUGUGCGCAUCCAGCAGCGCAACGGCAGGAAGAGUCUGACUACUGUUCAGGGCUUGAAGAAGGAGUACAGUUACAACAAGAUCCUCAAGGAUCUCAAGAAGGAAUUCUGCUGCAAUGGCACAGUAGUCCAGGAUCCCGAGCUAGGCCAGGUCAUUCAGCUUCAGGGUGAUCAGCGUAAGAAUGUUGCUACUUUCCUAGUUCAGGCUGGGAUUGCGAAGAAGGAGCUCAUCAAGAUCCACGGCUUCUAAGCUGCAUAUAAAUGCUUGUAUGCAAUAUCGUGUGCGCUACCAGAUAAUACUGGAAGCCUGAAGAGCUUCAACACUUCUAGCUAUUUCUUCUAUAUUGCAUACAUAACGCUGUUGUUGCUGUUAAAAUCCUUUCUUGCUUUGAUGCAAGCUGUAUUGUUGCCCCAUUAUGCUGCUGUAUCAGCACAUCAGUAUGGUUUGUCUGAGAUGUUGCCGAUCAUUAAAUAAAACCACCCAUCGUUUGACUA